UGUAACUUACCCAACAUGACGUCUGAUUCCUGUAUAUCUCUGCCAGACUGGUUGAACAUGCUCCGCCUUGAGCAGUACAAGGAGGUUUUUCUCAGUGCCGGACUGACAACACUACAAGAAUGUCGCACCCUGACACAAGAGCGCCUGGAGCAGAUGGGCAUCAACCUGCCAGGACACCAGCGGCGCAUCCUAUCCAGCCUUAAUAAAACUAUUAUGCUCUGUGACACGACAUCAUCUCUGCAGCAAGACCCUCACUUCACAUUUGUGGAGGAGAAAAGAGAAAGACGAGGAGAUGAGAUCAUGGAUAAACCCACACCCAGGCAGAGGCAAGUUCCAGAGAGAGAGUCACUUUUACAGCAAAGUUUAUUGAAGGAAGAUGGCAAAAGUGAACGCCCGGUGCCAAAACAAAGGACAAAGUAUCGCCCGGUUGCUCCUGUAGCUCCAGUAGAUUCAGAGAUGACUUCAACUGAGGUCACGCUGCCCCCUGUCCCGCCGCGAAGUACCCCCAACUGCCCCCCACAACUGUUCACCUCCCCUGAAACUCCACCCCCAAUCUCUCUGCGUAGAGACAAACAGCAAACGAUGCCAGGGCUACCCAGCAGACCUCCGAGAUCAUCCAGAAGCCCUACCCAUACAUCGGACCAACCAUUUGCCCAACUUUCUCAGCCCACCACCUCCAUAUGCCAAACUCUGCCUCGGAGUCUGCCAUCUCCACUGAAAGACUUUGCAAACUCUAAUAAUGAUGGGAAAAAGAGGAGCUCACCUGUGUCACCCAUCCCCUCCCCUAGUGAAGACACAUUUGCCCCACCUCUGCCUCCCAAAACUGGACCAGCACCCAAAGGCCCCCCUCCCCGGCUCCAGAGGAUCUCUGCAUCUCCUAAACGUCAUAGUCUGCCACCUACUAUCAAACCUCCUGAUGACAUGGAACAGGACCAAAUACCGCUGGUCCCACCUCGAAUCACGUUAUCGAGAAGUCAAGAUAACUUACAGCAAAUACAACAACCAACUCAGCUCGAGAAGGCACCCGCCCCACCAGCGAGGAGAGCCCCACCACCGCAGAGGGAAACCAGAUUAGAUUCGAUUGACGACAACUCAGAUGAAUACGAAGACCCAGAUCUGUUUUACACUGGUGCCCAACAGGUGAACAUGCCACUCAGAGACAGAUCCCUGCAAAUGGCCAAUCAGGCAAAGAUGCGCUACAGUGCUUUGUGCAGCGACGAUGAGCUAUUGGACGAUGAUGAUUCAUCCAUGUGGUCAGAGGGCCACAGUCCACAAGGAAGUAUCUACCUACCCCCAAACAGAGGCCAGUUACCCUCCUCCUCUCGGGACGACAGUACUCAGGAAUCAGCCAUCAUUAAGGUGGGCUGGCUAGACAAGAACCCACCACAAGGAGCACUUUAUUACCAGAGGAGAUGGGUAAAGCUAGACACUGACUACCUGAGAUAUUUUGACAAUGAAAAGGCUAUCUAUUCUAAAGGGCUAAUUUCAACAGCAUUCAUCACUAGUGUAUCAAGUGUUGGAGAACUGAAGUUUGAGGUGGUAACAAACAAUAGAACUUUUAUCUUCAGGGCUGAAAGUGAAGCUGAGAGAGACGAGUGGGUGGCACUUUUAAAGGAUUGCACUGGAGGGCGCCAGUACCGCAACACCAUCACCCCCGGUUCUCCUUUGGCUCCUGAUUUUCAUGGGUAUUUGGGGCUAAGAGGAAUACGCUCCAGGCUUUACACUGUGGUUGCUUUAGAUAAGGUCUUUCUCUACAAGAAUAUGGAGGACUACCGUAUUGGUGUAGGCAUCACCACUAUUGAUAUGAAUGUUGGCAAUGUGAAAGUUACUGAUCAGCGUGCAUUUGAUCUCACUACACCUUAUCGUACUUUCUGCUUCAUUGCAGAGUCAGAGCAGCUGAAGGACCAGUGGGUUGAGGCGAUGCAUAAUGCCAUAGAUGAAGCAUUGUCCAAUAGCGAAGUGGCAGAGCGGAUCUGGGCGGAGCCUACUAACAGCUGCUGUGCGGACUGUGGAGCCCCCAAGCCAGAAUGGGCAGCUAUAAAUUUGUGUGUGGUGGUCUGUAAACGGUGUGCAGGAGAGCAUCGUGGUUUGGGUCCGAGUAUUUCUAAAGUACGGAGUCUGAAGAUGGACAAGAAGGUGUGGACAGAUGAACUAAUUCAGGUAUUUCUUUUGAUGGGCAAUGAACGAGUCAACAGUUUUUGGGCUGGUAACGUUCCUCCGAGUGAAGCUUUGACACCGUCCAGCUGCACUGAAGACCGCAGACGCUACAUCACAAACAAAUAUCGCCAGGGAAAAUACAGGAAGUACCACCAACUGUUUGGAAAUCAGAAAGAGCUGAACAAUGCGUUGUGCAUUAACGUGCAGGGCAGUGAUGUCCUGGAGACGUUACGCCUGAUCUUCUGCGGGGCGGAUGUUAACUGUUCCACUGGUGUUCCCGAAUGUCCAUCCCCACUGACACUGGCUCAAGCAAGUUCACAGCCUCUACAAGCAGAGCUCAUAAGCCACAAUCUCAACACAGAAUUGCCCCGAUCAGAAGUAGGCGACAUCACUGACACAAUGCCGUACUCGGCCCCAUCCACUGUUUGCCUUAAUGGUUUUCUGUUCAAGACCGCGUCAAUGACUCGAGCAGUGACAGAUCGCAAAGCAAAAGAAGAGUUUAGCCGGCGCUGGUGUACUUUAAAUGACGGAACCUUCAGUUAUUAUGAAAGUGACAAGAACUCAAACCCCAACGGAUCUCUAAAGGCCUCAGAGAUUGUGUGUUUGUCAGUUGGCACAAUCAGUCAUGGGUAUAACCAUACAUUUGAACUGUACACAGAAGCAGAGCGUCUGUAUUUGUUUGGCACAGACGAUCCUGACAGCCACAAGGAAUGGAUCAAGUCCAUUGCAAAGAGCAUUAUUCCAGCCAGUGCAGAGUCUCUACUACGACUGGAUUUUGUCCGAAUCGGGAGGCUGCGGUGUAAAGGUGGCUUGAAUCUGGAAACUUCCAAAGUGGGUUGGUUUGCGUUGGAGGGCUCAACUUUGCACGCGCACAUGGAGAAGGGCCACAUGGAGGAAAUAAAUCUGCGCAAACUAACUGAACUAUCAACACAGUCAGAUGUACUAGUUCUGGUGGAAAAGGGCAGGACCCUGUACAUUGAAGGUGAGAGGAAGCUGGACUUUGCUGGCUGGUGUGAGGCCAUUACAACCGCAGCACAGAGUGGAGCAGACACCUUGAGCGAACAGCAACUCACAGAGACAGACAUUCCCGUCAUAGUGCACAGCUGCAUCGGCUUCAUCACACAAUAUGGCCUGACAUCUGAGGGCAUCUAUCGAAAGAGCGGGGUGAACUCUCGGGUCAAAGCACUCCUAGAUAAAUUCCGAUCAGACGCGCGCAGCAUUUGUCUGAAGGAAGAAAACAACGUGGUGGACGAUGUCUCCAACACUCUCAAGCGAUUCUUUAGGGAACUGGAGGAAGGGCUGUUCACACAAGAGGAAGGUCCAAACUGGCUCCAGACAUCUAUCAUUCAGGACAAAGAUGCCAAAAUCUCUCAGUAUCAGCAGUUGCUAGACAAGCUUCCACAUGUCAAUAAGGCCACUCUAGAAGCACUUAUAAACCACCUGUAUUGUGUUCAGUGUCAUGCACAUAUCAACCAGAUGAACAUCCAUAACUUGGCCAUAGUGUUUGGCCCCACACUUUUUCAGACUGAUGGAAAAGACUACACUGCAGGCCAAGUGAUUGAGGACCUAAUAGAACACUACACAACCAUCUUUGAGGUAAAUCAGACACAGCUAGCAAAACAGCUACAGGAAAUUGAGGUGAUUAUUCGGCUUCGGGAAACAUUGAAUAACAAGUUUACAGCUAACACUCAAGGAGGACACAUCAUCUGUACAGUGUAUCUUGAGGAAAAGAGUCUCACAGAGCAUCAUGUCAAGAUCCCUGGCUCGAUGACAGCAGCAGAACUGACCUGGGAAGUUUUAGAUAUACGGAAAAUCCCCGCUAAGGACAAGGAUUACUGGAGCUGCUGGGAGAUCAAUGAAAAAGAGGAAAUGGAACGCCCUCUACACUAUAGGGAGCGUGUUUUACCCAUUCUUCACUCCUUUGGCACGGACUCCAAACUACUCAUCAAGAAACACCUGGGCAUGGAGGCAAUGCUGUCCUAUUUGGCCAGUAAACCAGAUGUCUCCAAACACGGCAAGAUGAAGUUUAGGGAUGGGAGGAACAUUCCAGGGCUUGGACUCUUCUCUUCAGGGUUCCAUGAAAAAUAUUUCACUCUCACAGCCACCUCUCUCAGGAUGUACAAGGAAGUCACGAGCAACCGACCAGAAAAUGAGUGGCCCGUCAAAAAUCUUAUGGUGUACCUGGGAAUUAAGAAGAAACUUCGUCCAGCUACUUGUUGGGGGCUCACACUGGUUUGUGAAAGUAAAAAACAAGACAAGCAUGAAAAACAGCAGUGGUAUGUGUGCUGUGAAACUCAGUCAGAUCUGAGGGAAUGGUUGGCUAGUUUCCUAAGUAUACAGUGUGAGGGAGACAUGUGGCCUGAGGAGGGACAGAAGCACACGCGGGUGAGCCGCGCGCUGCCGGACAUGCACCAUGGUAACGUGUCACUGAUUCCACUGCGUGGCAGUGAAAACGAGAUGCGGAACAGUGUCGCAGCUUUCAGCCAAGACCCGCUUGGUGAUGGAAGAAGUCACGGCUCCCCUCACCACACGCUACAGCCGUAAGAAAACUGGAGACCCAUUGAAAAGUCUGGACCCGGAACUAAACACAUCCUUAGACUUUUUAUCACUUAAAGCACCAACCGUGGGGUAUCUUUGUACAGUAGCUUCAUGGACUACAGUCACAGUUACUAAACAGCUCAAACAGCAGCCUUCGCUCAGCUGAACUUUGGGCUUAGUCUCAUCUGUGUUGCAUCGUUUAUAGAUGCAUGAAGGACAUUUUAGAUUUACUUUUCACAAACCAUUUACUGGCUAAUGUAUUAUUAAGUAUUAAAAAAGUGUUUGUAUAUGUUGAUGUCUGUUUAACUCUCUUCUGAAAUGUGCUGUGAUGAGCCCAGGUGAUGACAUGGAGGCAGCAAGACAAUUUUUUAUUUUUUUUUUUGCAGUGUUGGUGUAUUCAGGCAAAGGCUUGGUGCUAUUGAAGGAUGAUUAUGUGUUACUCACAAGGACUAUUAGCAGAAUCAUUUUUGACUAAAGAUUUGCAUUUCCAUGUAAAGGUGGAAAGUGUCACAACUCUCUCCAAACAGCCAGAAAGAGUGAAGGCACAGGAUGUUCCAUAUGUAGAUGUAUUUUAAGUUACUCUGUUUUGGUUAGUAUAGUCUAAAUCAGGGGUGUCCACACUGUGGCCCUCAAGCUUCCUGCUGAAUUUGCCCAAAUGACCAAAAGUAGUAGUUUUGACAGCAAAUGUUUUAAAUGCUGCUAUUAUAACUCAAAUAAGAAACACUUUGAUGUGAUACAGACUAUUAAAGUUAUUAAAGGUGUGUUUGCUCAGUCAAACCUGCGUCAAAUGUAAUGUUUUGAAUGAUUUAUUUUAUCCUGUAUCUAUGGUCCUCCGCUCUGUAUAAUUUACCCUUCUGAUAGGACUAGACUGUCUUUGUUGCCUCUCACCCCUGUUACUUAUAGUGUAUUGUUUUAUAGCUUUAUUUAAAUCAUAUAAGCAAAUGUAUAGCUGCAAAAACAUGAUAAACACAGCAAUGGUUCACGACACAGCAAUGGUUCACGACUGAUGAAAAUAUUAACUUUUUGUAUCAUAUCAAAACCUUUAGUUACGUUAUUGCUGUACUGUUCAUAGGUAUAUGUAAAGACACUUAUUUAUUUUAGCAUGCUAUCGUUGGAUGCGGCUGGUCGGACAUAUUGCAUCGUAGUAGAGACGUCAUGAUGCCUACUUACAAUUCAUUGGGUCAAGUUUAAAAUCCAUGUGUAUAUUUCCAGUUUUUGAUGUAGUACCCACAUUUAGUAGUACCUGUACAGAUUGCAUUUUGUUGUAUAGUUUUAUAGCUGUUAUAACCUCACCUAAAAUGUAUAUACAAAUACAUAUAUUAAAUCACAAAA